UGGUCAUAUGAGCAGAAAUGAUGAGAAAAGCACUUUUUUAAUCUUUUCGCACUUGCUCUGCCCGCUCAAACAGUUGCAGGAUGUCGAUGACAGACUUGCUCAGCGCUGAGGACAUCAAGAAGGCUCUGGCAGCUUUUGCGGGUGUGGAUUCCUUUGACCACAAAAAAUUUUUCCAAAUGGUUGGCCUGAAGGGUAAGAGUGCGGGCGAUGUGAAGAAGGCCUUCGAGAUCCUGGAUAAAGACAAGAGUGGCUUCAUCGAGGAGGAUGAACUGGGAUUUAUCCUGAAGGGCUUCUCUCCAGAUGCCAGAGAUCUGUCUGCCAAGGAAACCAAGGCACUGCUGGCCGCAGGGGACAAGGAUGGGGACGGCAAGAUUGGAGUGGAGGAAUUCUCCGCUCUGGUGGCCCAAAGCUAAGAGGUACUGGCUGCCAGCAGUCUUCCAGCUCUGCCCCCAGCCCUGGAUCUCAGUCCCUUCUGCAUUUCUGUUCCAUUUGUUUAUGUUAUUUUUUACUCCCCCCUUCCCGCCCUGCGGCCCUCGAAUGACAGCAUUCUUCUGGAACAUGGUGAACGAACAAUAAAGUCUGUUCCAAC